AUGGACCAGUCCAGACUGGCCCUCCAUUUAGAACCGAAAACUGGUUGGACUGGCCCAAAAGACCGGUCCGGACCAUGGCCCUUGCAUGAUAGAUGGACCUCGAAUAUCAUGCAGUCAACUAAUAAACCACUCGAAGAUCAAUCUUCGGUUCUUCAAAGCAAUGUUCUGGCUAAAUUUCCUUUAAAUGUUCGAAAGGUACUUAUUUCUGAGAUAACCCACACUUUACUCCAAGCGCAUGAUCCAAACCUUUUAUCAUCGAUCACUCACGUUAAAUGGGUUAUGGAAGCUAUUGGUCAAGGAUUUGCUUUACCUUUAGAAGAUAUGUCUAUUACGGCGAAUUCCAAGGAAUUAUAUUCACAAUGGUUAUUUGAACCAAAUUCUAGGCCUGCUGCCAUUAGGAAUGCUACUGGACAACAAGAAGAACAAGAAUUUUGGCAGAUAAUAUUUCAUCAUUAUUCGUUAUUAUUUCAACCUCGUUAUCCAACUCCUGCUUCUAAUACUUCAACACCUACAACUCCGGGAUUUCCUGCAAGUAACAAUCAAAUAGCAACGAAUACAUAUUUACAAAGCCAUAUUGAAUUAUGUAAGGGCGUUUUGAUUGUGUUAACCAUGGCUGGCCGCACUUUAGGUCCUCAAUUUUCUGAAGAAACUUGGCUUGUGCUUUUGAAGGUUGUUUUGGGAAUAACUGAUUGUUUAUUGCAUGAACCUAUCGCUACUAUGACUUCAGAUGGAAAUAUGGAUAAAAAAACUGCUAUGGCUAUGGCCGAUGAAUUAUGUGAACAUUUAUUGAGGGUACUUUUUGAGUUAUGGUUAAGAUCAAAAAUUCGUAAAGUUGAAAUGUGGGAUAUUUUUAAAAAAUGUUUUAAUCAAUGGACACAUAGACAUCAAGCUCUUUUACAAUGGAAUGCAACCACUUUGGCAUUAACUCAACGUGUUGUCAGAUUAUUAUAUGGUCCUAAAGAAGGUGCUGAUAUGGUUAACGUUACUGUGGGUGGUUAUAAUGUUGGAUUAGACCUUCCAACUGAUUUUGUAUAUUAUGCUUGGCAUAGAAUGGUUUAUUUAAUAAAUAAUCCAUGUACAUUACCAUCUUCAAACUUUUCCUCGGCAAUUUCGGGAAUUGGUAAAAUCAUUGAAGCACUUCAAAUAAUUGGUCAGCCAACUAUCCAUAAAUCUUCUCAAGAUCUUCAACAAGAUACUGGGUGUUCUUUUUUCGCAAUGCCUGAUGGAAACACAAUAUUGCAUAUGUUUGGUCCAUGGCUAUUUCAAGCUUGUAUGAUGAGUCGACCUGAUGCGGGUACUCAGCUCGGUCGAGCGGCUGCAUUUGGUAUUCUUUGUAGAAUAUUUUGUUUACCUCAGAAACGUGAAAAGUUUUUACGCAAUUAUGUUACGCAAUUCUACCUUGCUUUAAUUGAAGGUUUGCGUGUCGAUAGUUGUUUACCCACAAUAUUGAUGAACACAACAUCACUUUUCGCUACAGAAUUGGAAGGUGUAAGAAUGAUGGUGCCUGAUUUUGUGGUUGGAAUUAAAAUGAUUUUACCAAAACUGGCUCCGGGUUUUAGAGUUGAUGUACCCUUGGAAGACUUAAGACUUGCUGCUAUAAGAGUAACCAGUACAAUUAUGUGUUUACCAAACCAUUUUGAAAAGGUACCCAUGAGAGAGAAUUGGAAUAUUGGGUUACAUCAGAAUGGAGAUAAACUUGUUAGUAAUGAUGAUGAAAUUAUGGUCAACGAGCUU